AGACAGGGCAUGAGUGUGAGCUCUGUACUACCAAUCCCACAUCCAGACCUAUAAACAGAUGAUACUGGCAGUCUUCAAAGCUGGAUCUACUGGCAAUCCUUAAGGAGUCUGAUUUCCAUUGGGAUUUUAUUUUAUAUUUUUCUGUAAGGGACAAGUUGGAAACCUGUGUCUGAAAGAGAAUUGCUGAAAAACCUGUGUGGAAAGUUACACAAGCAUAUGGAGACAAAGGUGACCACCAGCUGUCACAUCAGUACACGGCUCUCCUCUUCAGGAGUUUGAGGAGAAGUAGAAACACAAACGAGCAAGGGAAAAGAUCUUCAUGAGCGCCAGGAAAUCCAGAGAGAAAACACACUGAGACACAAGCAGCAAAAUGUGGACACAAAACAUGACACGUGUCUCUUUCCUAUUUCUCCUCCAUGUCCUCCUGGUUGGAUGGGGUCAAGCAGCAGAAGACGACGUCACCCCUCGCCUCAGUUUCUCUUACAAUGCAAUUGAGAGGUCGGCCAAGAGAUUUUCACCCGAAAGAGUCUUCAAUUACACCUCUCUGCUCCUCAGUAAAGAGGAUAACAUGCUGUACGUUGGCGCUCGAGAGACUCUCUUCGCACUCAAUAUCACCGAUAUCAGCAGAACACAGCUGCAGCGUAAUUUAACAUGGAGCACACCGCAGAGAAAGAGAGAGGAGUGCAGUUUCAAAGGGAAAGAUUUACAGACUGACUGCUUCAAUUACAUCAAGAUUUUACUGCGUGUGAACGGCACUCACCUGUACGUGUGUGGAACGUAUGCUUUCAGCCCUAUCUGUGCAUACAUCAACACAUCUGAUUUUUCCCUGGUGCGCAAUGAAAUGGGAGAAAUAGUCACUGAAGAUGGUCGUAGCCGGUGUCCUUUCAACCCUGAAUACAAGUCUACGGCCAUCAUGGCCGAUGGAGAACUGUAUGCCGGCACAGUCAGUAACUUCCAAGGGAAUGAACCCAUCAUUUACAAAAGCCUUGGCCAGGGCACAGCCUUAAAGACUGAAAACUCACUGAACUGGCUUCAAGACCCUGCUUUUGUGGGCUCAGCCUACAUUCAGGAGAGUUUGCCCAAAGGCAAUGUAGUUGGCGAUGAUGAUAAGAUUUACUUCUUCUUCAGUGAAGCCGGAAAGGAGUUCGAUUUCUUUGACAACACCAUUGUGUCACGCAUCGCUCGCGUGUGUAAGGGUGAUAAAGGUGGAGAGAGGGUUCUUCAGAAGAAAUGGACAACCUUUCUGAAAGCCCAGCUCCUGUGUUCACUGCCUGACGAUGGGUUCCCCUUCAACAUCAUCCAGGACAUGUUUGUACUGACCCCCAGCAAAGAGGCCUGGAAGAGUACUGUGUUUUAUGGAGUCUUCACCUCACAAUGGUACAAAGGUGCAUCAGGCAGCUCAGCUGUAUGUGCGUUCACCAUGGACCAGGUCGAAGAGGCGUUUAAUGGACGUUACCGGGAAGUUAAUCGUGAGACGCAGCAGUGGUACACCUACAACCAUCCAGUACCAGAACCCAGACCUGGAGCGUGCAUCACUAACACGGCCCGCGCCCAAGGGAUCUCCUCCUCCCUGCACAUGCCUGAUAAAGUGCUGAACUUUGUGAAGGACCACUUCCUCAUGGAUAGCGUGAUCCGCAGUCAGCCUCUGCUGCUCAAACAAAACGUGCGCUACACGGAGCUCGCUGUACACCGAGUACAGGCUCUCCACAAGACAUACGAUGUGCUCUUCAUCGGCACAGAUAACGGCAGAAUUCACAAAGCCAUCAACGUUAAGCACAAGAUGUAUAUCAUUGAAGAGCUGGUGAUUUUCCCCGAGCCUCAGUCUGUACAACACAUCGAACUGGAUGAUGAGAAGGGGCUGUUGUUUGUGUCCAGCUAUUCUGGGCUGGUUGAAAUCCCUCUAGCCAACUGCUCCAACUACCAGAGCUGUGGAGAGUGUGUGCUGUCUAGAGAUCCUUACUGUGCCUGGACAGGGAAGCAGUGUUCAAAUAUCAAACAUGCGCCAACUAAGAGUCAAUGGCAACAAGAUGUAGAUGACGCCAACACUGCAGUGUGCAAAAUGAUAAUUGCUACCCCCCGUUCUGCAAAACCAACUCCACCACGUGUUCCAUCAUGCCAUGUGCUACAAAUACCAGCCAACACAUUUACGGUUCUUCCCUGCAAGCUGCGAUCCAACUUGGCUGAGAGGCGAUGGGAGUACAGUCAUACCGCCGAACAUUUUGUCUACCCUAGUCCUGACGGCGGGCUGGUGGUUGUAGCCCAAGUGGACAGGGAGGAGAUCUACCAAUGUUGGUCAGAAGAAGGUGGCUACCGACAACUUCUGGCCAAUUAUUGCAUCAAAGCGGAGCACGAAAUCACCACCCUGACUGGACGUUCCCGAACACAGUUGGUACCCCAAGGGGAAGCGAUUAUUCUGCCCGGGGAAACAUGGUCGCCGCAAAAAACCAAAACAUACUGGAAUGAGUUGAUCGUUGUGUGUGCCUUACUCGUGUUUUCCCUGGUGGUCCUUUCGCUGUUCGUGGUGUACAGGAACCGAGACAGGAUGAAGUCCAUGCUGAAGGAAGGUGAGUGCCCCAACAUGCAACAGAAGAAACCACGAAUUCCAGGGAAGCACACGGAAAGCCUUCCAUUAAAUGGCAACAACAUCCCGCCCUCUGUGUCUGACCACAAGGGCUACCAGACGCUCAAUGAUAACUACAUCUGCAGCACUCCCACCCACGAAUGCUCCUCACCCGAGAACAGCAAGAGCUUCUCAGAAUCCGAAAAAAGACCUUUGAACUUAAAGGAGAGCCACGUUGAGAUUUCGUCGACUUGUCCACGGCCUCGAGUGCGACUGGGCUCGGAGAUCAAAGACUCGAUCGUUUAAGUCUGUUUGGGA